AUGCAAAGAUGCUGCGCCCGGAUAGCAGGUCUGAGGACAUUUGCCCCACCACCAUUCCUGCAUCGCAUACCCUACCGCCGAUACGCCCGGCAUAGUCCACCUCUCGGACAAGAUGCACAGCCAGCGUCAGCAGAGGAGGCCUUUGAUCGUCUUGUCGGCGCCGACAACGAGAGCUUCGACACACUCGACAGCAGGUUGACAGGCUCGCCGCGACAGCCUUCAAGCAAACGGACCGAAGCGCAGCGCAAGCACGGCGACACGUAUAUUGACUGGUAUAUUGACCGGUCUAAACUCCCUGCCCGAGAUGCUUCCCACCUCCAAGAGGCAUGGAUGCCCACCAUAGAAGCCGCUCUGCCUGCCCGUCUGCGCAGUCCCAAAGCCAGUCUUGUCACCGAAGAGGCUUAUUCGGCCAAGGACAUUAGCUGUAUCCUUCACGUUUCGACCUACACGUACAAGCACGAUCUGUUGAACUACUUGGCUAAUAAAAAGAAUCGCCCGAAGGCUGCUGUAUGGCUGGCCUCGAUGGCCAUUUCUCACGACUUCCAGCCCGAUCCGCCUCCUCCUCGCGACACCAAUGUCUGGAACACGUGUCUGCAGCAUCCUCUUUCCUUGUCUGCGUACACAGAACAACUUUCCGUUCGUCUCGAACCAUCGCCAUACAAACCCCCAGACCAUCUGCCUCCACCGGCAUCCUUGGACCACCUCACCCAAGAAUUGCAUCCGCACCAUAAUCCACUCCCUCGCACUCUGCGCCAUGAGACAAUUGGUUUGAUUUGGCAGAGUUUGGCCAAGAUGAUCCUGAGUGAUGCUAGCCGCGCCAACAAAGACCAUGCCAAUCAAGCCAUCAAGCCAGAGAUUCUCGAAAUCAUCGCCAUGCUGCAUCACACCGGUGCAAUGCCAGCUUCCAUCUACUCGUACCAACCGCCCGACGAUCCAAUCUCCUUGUGCCAACCUCCAACUCUACAUCUUCUUUCCAACCAGAUCAUCACGUCGUUGACAGACGCUGCCUGGAGAGCUCACGAGACAAAUAUCGUCGAGGAGGCAAAGGAAAGAGGUGGCGCAUACGACUCCUCGAGACCCGAAAUACCUGGUUCCAUGUACAAAGUCCACGUCACUGGUCUUGGUCAUGAGGUUUGGCUCGAACUAGUCUUGUGGGCUUGUCUGUACGGUCGUUUUUACAAACAGGGUGUAAAGAUUCUCAUGCAAAUGGCAAACAGUCGAGAGUGGUCUGUCUUGUCGUGGAGAGAGCUGGCCAAUCCCAUUGUCAAAUCUGGUCAAGAGAAAUCUAUCAACUGGGACGAAGUCAAAUACAUCUUCAACACCGGCAUUGCAGAUCCCGAUCGAAUUGUUAACCAGAAAAGGGUGCACAGAACGGUCAGCGCAGAAGUCAUAUCUUCAUUCAUUGAUGCCUCUGUAUCCCAUGUAAACGCUGGCGUUGGUUCGAGAGGCAUGAUCCCCGAGAAUCCAGCUCGUUUCUUGUCACGCAUGAAGAUGCUGUUCAACCGGAACAACAUGAGCCUGGGUUAUACUUCCUGGGAUGCCAUCAUUCUCCGCUUCUUCGAGUCAAAGGGUGUCGACUUUGAGAAGGACCCAGACUUAGCGAGCAAGGUCAACUCAAUAUCCUCCUUGUUCGGCGAUGACAUUUCUACCGUCAAUGCUCCAACUCGCGAUCAACUCUGGCAACCUACUCCGGCCUAUGUCUUGGAUGGUUCUGCGGCUAGUAUUGGUUACCAUCACCGUCUCCUCAGAGCGCAUAUCAAACUUGGAAGCCUCAGCGGUGCGAUGAGCGUGGUCCGACAGUUGCAGGAGAUAACCGACACCAAUAAGGAAAGGUCAAUACACGAGUUCUUCACAAAGCAACAAGAUGCUGUGGUGCAAAGUGAUCAUGACGACACUUCUGAGUUCGGGUUCCAGGGCCGCUAUGGCGGUAUCCACUAUCCAAGUUUCUUCCCGCAGAUACCGGUCCCUCUUCUGGCCGAUCUCCUCAAUCUUGUUGUUGACUCCAAUGCUCUCGAAUUAGGGUCAUGGCUUGUAUAUUCUGGAGACUUGGAUGGCCCAAUCAUCCACAAAGGACUUUAUGCUGACCCUGUCAUGGGUCCAUCUCUGGUCAGACUUGCUGCCCUUCUUGCUGACGAGGCUCUCAUGCGACAAGUUUUCAAGGACCAGAAACAAGCAUCGCAAGCAGAUCUUCCAAAAGAAGUCCUCAAUGUCCUUAUAGACCAGCAAAUUGAGGCAGAAAAUUGGCCCUUCGUCGAUAGAGCGCUAGAAGGCUUCGCUAAAUUGCCUGGCUAUAGCAUCAACAUGAACACCACGGCGACGAUGGCUAGUAUGAUCCUGCGCGAGGCGAGUGCGUCUCCUGGAGAUCUUCCUGCUCUCGAGAAGUCUGCCUCUGCAAAGACAUUUAGAAAGAUGUCCAGCUUCCAAUCGACCGGUAAUGCCUCAGGGUACAGGACGCUCAAUUUCACAAAAACUUUCGAACUUGGGACCCGAAUCUGGCGUUUACUCGCACUUGUCAACGACGACUGGAACAAAUACGCUUGGAAGGUCUACCCUAAGAUGGCUGGCCGGGGUGAAUUCAGAUUCAAAGCCAGGGCAUUCAAUAAGAUUCUAAGUGGUGUUGUUGAGACCUAUGGUUCCGCUGUGGGCAAGGAGUACCUCGGCAAGUUCUGGCCGCAAUCGCUCGAGACCCACCCAUCGAGUAUGUCCAACAAUCAGGGCGUUAGAGGUGGUGUGCCUCGUAUGGCUGCGCGUCGUGCAGGCACUCCAAUCGUGACCUCUGACUUCUCUGGACACAGUCAUGCUGACCAUCGGAUUCACAUCCACGGUCCCAACGACAAACAAGCCUCCAUCGACGUCUAUCUUGGGUCUGGUCCAGAUCUUGCGACCAUCAGGUUGAUCCUGCAUAGAGCCCUCCAGGAAGUAGAUGGUUCAUAUGCAUCCAUACGGAACGAGGUUGAAUGGUCAUGGAGGAUGAUGACAAAACUUGGAUUGCCAAAUCAUCAUAUACGGAAUGAGUUGAAAAAUCUGCCCGAACUUGCCGAUCAUCCUGAGCUUUUCCUUGUUGUCGAGAGAUAUCACGACACCGAAGCAGAUGACCUCGAGAAUCGUCUCGACAACGAUCUUGACGAUGACCUCAAUGAUGGUCUGAAAGACAAAGCACAAGAGUAG